AUGAUAAAAUUGAAAUGGGACUGCAACUUGGAAAAAGAAGCGAUUGAUAAGGUUCGCGGAUGUCCGAAGGAUGUAUCUAACGAAAAGCUAAAGGGAGAACUUCGUCAUCGUGUGCCUGUUAAAGACGUGCAAAAUUAUGAAGACGGGAUCAGAAACGCUGUCCAUAAUUGGUGGAGAGUUGUACGCUUUAACGAUGGCAUUGGAAUGAAAGCAAUAUUUCGAGCAAAACACGUUGGCCAGCCUAUAGCGACGUUUACGCAGAUGGCAUGGGCAGAGACAAGAAAUUUAGGAUGUGCCAUAGGCAAAUGCUCGUCGGAUUAUGUGAUCAUUUACCGCUACAAUCCAGCGGGUAAUGAAAUUGAAAGACUCGUAUACGAUCCUGGAAACACCUGCAGCAGCUGUGUUCACAGCUGCGACAAAGAAAACGGAUUGUGCAUCGUUUGA